CAGCCAGCCAAACAGCAGCAGCAGGAGGGCGAGUGAAAGGAUUGGUUGGAACGAUAGCGACAAAGUUGUGGAGAGAAGAGAGAGAGAGAGAGAAGAAGAAGGAAGCAAGUGACAGCAGGCAGGCAGGCAAGUCAGGAGCAAGGAUUGCCAUCUGCAAACCGGAGUGUUGUGGGAUUGAGUGGGAACAAGAACCAGCCAAGCCAGUCAGCGAUCCAAGGACACAGGCCAUCAUGGCCAAGUACCUUGUCAACCGCGAUGAUGACGACUUGUGCUCUCUGCCGGAGAUGUCGCGGGAGCACGUCUUCAACGCCAUCCGCGACCGCUUCCAACAAGACAUCAUCUACACAUACGUCAGCGACAUGCUGAUUGCGGUCAACCCGUGCAAGCCCCUGCCAGAUCUCUACUCCAUCGAGAUUGCACGGCAGUACCUGACGUUGACGUCAGCUCGCUGCCCCCCGCACAUCCACGGCAUCGCCCUGCGCACGUACACGCAGCUCAAGGAGACACGGCUCCCGCAGUGCUGCAUCAUCAGUGGCGAGAGUGGUGCAGGAAAGACGGAGAGCACAAAGCUGUUUGUCAGCCACGUGCUCAAACUUGCCAUGCCGGAGAAGGACACGCUCAGCAUCGGCCAGCACGCAAACGCGUGCGUUGACCUUCCCAUCAAGAUCAACCAGGUCAACCCCAUUCUGGAAGCGUUUGGAAACGCCAAGACCCCCCUCAAUGACAACUCGAGCAGGUUUGGCAAGUACCUUCAGCUGCAGUUUGACAAGGACGGUGUAAUCUCUGGCGCCUCCAUGUCACAGUAUCUGCUUGAGAAAGCGCGCGUGGUGCACCGGUCUGAAGGCGAAGAAAACUUCCACGUGUUCCACUACCUCAUCGCUGGCCUUCCAGCAGACACAGCAGCCACCCUCCAUCUCUCACCCUCAGACUACCACAACUUUCUGUACUCUGAUGAGAGCUCUGCUGAUUUGCCUCCAAGCGUCACCACCUCAUUCACCAAGUCCCAAAAGCUUCGGUUUCGCGAGAUGCUGGAUGCGAUGCUGGCUGUCGGCUUCAGCACAACAGAACUGCAGCAGAUCUUCGAGUCCGUUGCUGCGAUCAUCCACAUUGGUGACAUUGAGUUUGAUCUCGAUCCCGUCUCCGACACUGCCGUCGUCCACUGCCCGCACAUAUGCGCACGAGUCGCCAAUCUGUUGCAAGUUUCGGAAGAGCAGUUGCAAUUGGCAUUGACAUUCAGCAUUUCUGUCACCCGGGGCGAGAGCAUCAAACGCCGCAAGACUGUGAAGGGCGCCGAGGACUGCAGAAACACCAUGGCCAAGGAGAUUUACAGCCGUCUGUUUGAAUGGAUCGUCAUCCGAAUCAACGAGCAGCUGUCCGCGCCGGAGGAGGUGGAGAACAUGACGAUUGGUGUGUUGGACAUCUUUGGGUUCGAGAAUAUGCCAUGCAACAGCUUCGAGCAGUGCUGCAUCAACUUGACGAAUGAGGAGCUGCAGUUCUACUUCAACGAGAAUGUGUUCCAGUGGGAAUUGGCGCAGUACAAGGAAGAAGGAAUUGACAUUGGGGAGAUUGAGUACACGGACAACAAGCGACUGCUCGAUUUCUUUCUCCUCAAGGGAAUCGGCAUGUUCGACAUGCUCAACCAGGAAUCCUUCCUCCCAACGGGCACCGCCAAGUCGUUCACAGAAAAACUCACGCGCGAAUGGAACGGCAGCAACGUCUACGAAGGAAACAGGAUCUACAAGACGCUAUUUACGGUGAAACACUUCGCGGGCGACAUCGAAUACGACAGCGAACAGUUUCUUGAGAAGAACCGAGACCCGUUCCCUGAGGACGUGCGGCAGAUGUUGUGCGAGAGCGAAUCGACAUUCAUCAGCUCUCUCUUCAAUCACGCUUUUCGGGUCAACACGACAUCAGGCAUUGACAAGAAGUUCAUGAAGCUCCAGCGCCAAAACUCCAAGAUCAGGGACGCUCUCCGUGUUGGAUCUCGCGACCAACUGGUGUCGCCCAGCCGGCGGGCCCAGGGCAAACGCAACACGCUCGCCGCCUCGUUCCGCACAUCUCUCGAACACCUCAUGCGAAAGAUGCGCGCGUGCCAGCCCGCGUUCAUCCGCUGCAUCAAACCAGACCCUUACCGCUGCCCAAACAGCUUCGUCUCGGAGUUUGUCCAUCGCCAGCUCAACUACACGGGCGUCUUCGAGGCCGUUCGCAUUCGCCGCGAGGGCUACCCGAUUCGCAUGCUGUUCGUGGACUUGGUGGAGCAAUUUGGGAGUGUUGCAUUUCCGUUCCACAGCUGCGCACAUGCACCGGCAACAUACACCACCGCCCACAAGAUCAUGUCCAAGAUCAGCAGCAACGGGUGGCAGCUGGGAAAGACGCGUGUGUUCAUGAAACUGCACCACCUCGAUCUUCUCCGUGAUCUCAAGACCUCUCUUUUUGACAGCGUGGUGGACGCACAAAAAUACGUACAUGGAUGGCUGGCCAGGGUGCAGUACAAGCGGCUGCUGCGCCAAGCACACAAGGAAGCAACACAGGUCGAGGCGUUGCUUGCAAGCAUCCCGUCCCAUUGCAAAGCCAAAGCCAUGGCAAAGACGGACGCCGAGGGCGAGCGCAAGCACCGUGCAGAGGUGGAGAGACGCGUGAACAUCGCUUCCCAGAUUGCGGCAAUGGCUGCACUCAAGAUGAGGGCAAAGAAGGCCCUCAGCGCCGAAGUGAAGGGAUCAGAGACAGACCCUGCUGUCCAGGAGAGCAACAACGAGCCAACAACGUCCUCUGACCCUGGCCAGGCCAUCAGCGCUGCCAACAACGACUAUGACAACGAUGGUGACGAUGACGACACGUAUGGUGUGCGGCAACACGGCAUCUCAGAGAGCAACACGCACGCCACGUCUGCCCAGGAAAAUGCGAUGGCGACGCCCAAGGACCGUAAUGUAAGCGCAAGCGCUGGUGGCGCCCGCAGCCAACACCCACACCAAGCACGACAGCAACGGCAGCAGCAGCAGAGACAAUCACGCCGACACCAAGCACCGGUCCGCAGACAGUCGCAGCGCCAGUCUUCACAGUCCCAAAUGCAACAGCAACAACAACAACAACAACAACAACAACAACAACAACAACAGAAGCAGGGACGAUCAAGUAGCUCUCACCAUGUGCAGGACAUCAACUCGCGCGCGAACAUCACCCGAAACCUUUCAAACUCCUCGGUUGGUUCGGAUGCACAAGUGCCUGCAGGCAAGCCUGAGCACCACGCGAACAACCGCGGCCACCGCCACGGCCGGGAGCAAGGGCAUCACAGCCCACAUGCGCUUUCGCGGGAGAGCAGCAGAGAACUUGGUGGCGACACACACCAACGCAACCACAAACAACAGCAGCAUCAGCGACAGCAGCAGAUGCAGCACAUGUCACGCGACUCGUUUGAUUACGGCGACCUGACGCAACACAGCCGCGCACGUGCGACUCGUGGCGAUGUUGCACGCGUUCGAAACGAGCAACGGAGGGGCUCCGUGCAGGUGCAGAGGCAUGGCAACGCACAUGCACAUGCACAUGCACAUGCACAGGCGAGGCUGCGGCGUGCACAUCACGAGGAGUAUGAGCACAACAUGCGUCGCAUUCACGAGCACGCGGAUGACGUGGCGGUUGCGCGUGCGCGUGGCCGGGAGCUGAAUCGCAUCAACGGCAACAAUGAUCGCCACACUUCUUCUUCUUCUGCCGCUGCUGCUGCCCGUGUGUCCACCGCCCACGAAUAUGAGCACAUGGCGCCCCGCCACAACUCUGAGGCGCAUAGCGCAUCCACCGCAACCGUGUCCGCCACGUCUGGUGCAUCGUCGUCGUCAUCAUCGUCGUCGCAUUCGCAGCAUCAACGGCAACGUCAUCACUGUGACCAGCGCCAACGACGCCACACAGACCAAGACGCAGCCCAUGCGUACCACCACAGCAGCCAGCACGACGGGCACGCUCAGUCACCGCAGCAAUCGCCAUCAUCAUCGCCGUCGUCGUCAGCCCAAUCACCAUCAUCUGGUGGGCGGAGCAGGUGGAGCCUCUCUGGUCGCAGCGUCAUCUCUCGCCUUCGCUCCGGCACCAUGUCUCGUCGGCGCAGCGGCAACGGUGGUGGUGAUGGUAAUGGUGGUGGUGGUGGUGGUCGGCGACAGUCCAAGGCCAACGAUGCAUUGCAUGAUGAGUUGACACGUGCGGCGUCCCGGCGUGCGAGCAAGCAAGUCAGGCGCAACGCCAGCCGUGCCUCCAUCACCAGCACCGGCAGCAGCGUGACGGGUCUCUCGUACGCAUCCAACAGACGUCCGUCGCUCAUUGCGAGCUUUACGCGCCGUCUCACUCGCAGAUCAAAGGACAGCGGCGGCAACAGCCACAUGUUGCAGCUUAGGAGUGGGCGGUCAAGCCGUCGUUCGUCACGCCUCGCGACAAUGACGGAGAAACCCGAACUGCAGAAGCAACAAUCGUUCAUUGAAUUCCUCCACCAGUUUGAAAUUGACAGGACCACGCUGAUUCCGUGCGUGGUUGAAGGCUGUGCAUGUCGCUUCUCCAUGUUCAAGGAGCUCAAGGAUCACCUCUACCUCGACCACCUGCCCGUCGAAACAAAGUUUACGUUCCAUGAGCGAGCCCUUGCCUUCCUGGACACAACGGGUGUCUUGCUUGCCGGCGAAUACUACGAGGGCGAACGUGUUGUUCUGCAUUUUGAAACGCGCACGUCCGCAUGCAAGAUUGAUGCACGCGACCUCCACCUCGCCCCACGUGAUGUGUACCACGUGAACCUCCAGGAAUGCGAAAACCCGGAUCGCACGGCACGAACAGAGCGGAUCCGGCGGCAUAUUGGCAGCGGCGUGUUGGUCACGGUGUGCGACAAGAGCAUCUACAUCACGCGAAGUGCAAAGAACCCCAUCUUUGUCACAACACCCGUGCCCGCAAACCAACAGCACCUCAUGCUGCCAAACGGGGAAUUGCCACGCAACGAAACCAUCUGUGUCUUUGAUUACCAGCUCUUCCGAAUGAACCUGCACAAGACGUCGCCAAAGGACUGCUGGGACGCGACGCAAGUGCGCCUGCGCCUGGUUCGGGACCUUCCCGUGUCCAAAGGGGCGACGUGGCUGUGCUUGCGUGCAACGCAGGCCAUUCAGGCGUGGGAAAAAGUGCACGGCGUGGUCUUCAACGUUGCGCAGGCACAACACAACCACGCAUAACGGCUGGAGGAGUGAGGCAAUGGUGGAAGAACGCAUGUCUGUGCGGAGUGUGUCAGAGGCAUGUCAUUGCAAGCAAGCUACGUUCUUGACUUUUCUUGUGUUAUUGUGUUCGUGUGUUCUUGUGUUGAAAAGAGAUCAGCAGAGUCGAUUGUGUGGUGAGGGCGUGGCUGAGGCGCUGAUGAGAAACUGAGAAAGGUGGUGAAAUGACUUGAGGACUUGAAAAGGUGGACUGGUGGAUGCUGUGCUUUUCGUCGCUUGCCUGCAUUCGCAGUCUGUUGUUCUUUUCGUUUUACAUUACCUUGCUUGUGAGCAUGCCAGCAACAAGCAAAAGAAGCAAAGACACAAAGAAGCAAAGAAGCAAAACAGCAAGCGAAUUCACACGACAAUAAAGUCAACUAGCC